CUUUACAUUGUAUACAUGGGUUCACUUCCUGUUCAGAGAGGUUCUUCCAAUUAUUAUUCCCCAACCUCUCACCACGUCAGCAUGUUGCAACAGGUUGUUGGUGAAAGCGAUGUAACAAAGCACCAUGUUAGAAGCUACAAGAGAAGCUUCAAUGGUUUUGCAGCGAAGCUCAGUGAAAAACAGAGAGAAAUGAUCGCUGCCAUGGAUAGUGUCGUUUCGGUUUUUCCAAGUAAAACUCUUCAAAUUCAAACGACGAGGUCAUGGGACUUUGUGGGACUCCAUGAAUCAGUUAAACGACAAAAGAAAGAAGAGAGUGAUUUGGUAAUCGGACUCAUUGACACGGGAAUCUGGCCAGAAUCAGAUAGUUUCACCGACCAAGGUGUUGGUCCUAUUCCGACGAAGUGGAAGGGCCAUUGCAAAGGUGGCGCCAACUUCACCUGCAACAAUAAGAUUAUCGGGGCACGAGUUUAUAAACCUCCCACAAAUGUUACCAAUGAUGAUGACAACACUGCAAGAGACAUUAGGGGUCAUGGAACCCAUACUGCCUCAACGGCAGCUGGAAACACUAUCAGUGGUGCAAGCUACUAUGGACUCGCAAGAGGCACCGCAAGAGGUGCAGUCCCAUCUGCAAGGAUUGCAACAUACAAAGUUUGCUAUAAACUAGGCUGCAACGAUGCUAAUGUUUUAGCAGCUUUCGAUGAUGCCAUCGCUGAUGGAGUCGACAUCAUUAGCAUCUCACUCGGAGGUGACAAAGCCGUUGACUUAGUGAAGGACCCUAUCGCAAUUGGUUCCUUCCAUGCCAUGGAGAGAGGAAUUCUCACAGUGCAGUCUGCAGGGAACUCUGGUCCUGCUUCAGGCUCUAUUUGUAGCGUGGCGCCGUGGUUGUUGACUGUCGCAGCUAGCACCAUAGAUCGCCAAUUCAUUGACAAGGUGGUUCUUGAGAAUGGGAUGACAUUGGUUGGAAGGUCAGUGAAUGCCGCAAUUUCAAAUGGGACAAAGUUUCCUAUUGCUAAGUGGAAUGCAAGUGAUGAAAGCUGCAAAGGAUUCUCUAACUUUUGUCAAUGUCUAGGAAGCGAGAGUGUGAAGGGAAAGUUCGUUUUAUGUACAAGCGGAGGUACGAUCAUAGAUGAAUGGCCUUAUGUACAAGGUGCAGUUGGUUCAAUCACUACGAGUUUAUGGAACCCCGACAAUGAUGAAUCUGAGGUGACUUUUUUCCCUUCGGUAAACCUCAAUCGGAAAGACUACAAUAUUGUCCAGAACUACACUAAUUCAGCGAAAAAUCCUAAAGCUGAGAUAUUGAAGAGUGAGAUUUCCAAAGAUCGCAGCGCUCCGAAAGUUGCUAGCUUCUCCUCCCGUGGGCCGAAUCACUUGAUUCCAGAGAUUAUGAAACCAGAUGUGAGUGCUCCCGGGGUGGAUAUCUUGGCUGCGUGGUCACCCGUAGUUGCACCCUCACAAUACGGAAGCGACAAUAGAAAGGUGAAGUACAAUGUGCUCUCUGGAACAUCAAUGGCAUGUCCUCAUGUUGCUGGAGUCGCCGCGUAUGUGAAAUCAUUUCACCCGGAUUGGUCACCGGCAGCAAUCAAAUCAGCAAUAAUGACCACAACAGAUCCCUUGAAUGGAAAUUAUGAUCUGAGUGGUGAGUUUUCUUACGGAUCUGGGAAUGUCAAUCCAGUAAAAGCUAUUCAUCCUGGACUUGUAUAUGACAUUCAAAAAAAGGACUACGUCAAAAUGCUUUGCAACUAUGGUUAUAGUGCUAAGAAAGUUAAGAUUGUGACUGGAGCAAAUUCAUCCAUCUGUCAUGGAGCACACCAUAGAAGCUUUGUGAAAGAUUUAAACUACCCUGCAAUAACUAUAAACGUUGAGCCAUUGGAGCCUUACAUUAUCAAGGUUAAUAGGACAGUGACGAAUGUUGGCUUUCCUCACAACUCGACCUACAAGGCUACCGUCUCGGCGAAUCUGAAAAUGAACAUCACAGUGGAGCCUGAGAUUCUGAGGUUCGAUUCUUUGCAUGAGAGAAAAUCUUUUGUUGUUACUAUUGCUGGAAGAGCGUUGCGAAAAGGUAGUGCAGUUUCCUCAUCACUUGUGUGGUCAGAUGGCAAACAUGAUGUCAAGAGUCCAAUUAUUGUGUUUGUCUCCUAG